GAUAGUUGAGUCUAGCAUGAUAGAGUGUUCUGGAACCUGUGCUAGGAUGAAGGAUAAUUGCAAUGCUGUGCAUUUUGAAGCUUCAAAUAACACGUGUUCACUUGCACAGUUGAUUUUACUGGAGGAGCUACCUGAGGAGGAAGCAUUUCCUGUGUUCAUUGAAACUCAAGCAUUCAACUCUCUGGAACAGAAAGAAAAUUUUCUUCUAAUUGGACAAGGGAUUGACAAGGUCCAAUCAUAUCCGUGUAAUUUUACUUUGCCCAUAGGAAAUAUAGAUUUCCAACUAGGAGGGAUUGCUGUACUGAAAGGAAAAAUUCACAUAUACAACUUUAAAACCAAUAAGUGUUACCACCGUAGCAUGGUGUUGUCUGGACCCUGGGACGAAACACCAGACUGUGUUACACCAGCUAGAAACAGCCCCACUAUGACAACUGUUGGAGAAAAUAUAUUAAUGACUGGCGGAUAUGUAGAAAGUAGUUCAUCAAGUUUGGAUACUAUUGAAUCCUUUGACGGUACAACGUGGACAACUCUUAGCACUAAACUUAGUCGUCCAAGAAUUGCUCACUGUUCUGUAGGGAUAAGUUAUACGGAAAUGAUUGUGCUUGGAGGUAUGAAUGGCCCAUGGCAAAUGAGACUAGUAGAGAAAUAUGAUGCUGAUGGUAACAUGAUAGAAACUUUACCAAACCUUAUCACUGGAAGAGGUUACUUUGGAUGUGGAUUUUAUCAAGGAGAAAUCUAUGCAGCAGGUGGAAAUGGCAUGUCGAGUGUGGAGGUGUACAAUAUGCAGAGCAAGAGGUGGAGAGCAAUUGCCAACUUAAAAUCAAAUGUAUUAUUCCCUAAUUUUCAUGUAUACAAGGAGAAGCUUACUAUGUUCGGUUCUGAUAAUUCAAUCCAGAUAUAUAAUGGAGAAACAUGGGAGUUUGCUUCAGAGUCUCUUAAAAACAACUUCUACAGGGGUGUCUCAGUCAAAGUACCCUGCCAUUGAACAUCUUGAAUUUUGCUCACCAAUUUUCAUUAUUUGCUGUUUUGCUUCAAAAAGGAGCAUAUACAUUUUUUAGGAGGCCUAGAAUACCAUCAAGCAUGAAGCAAAUAAUAAAAUAGUAGCAUUUAUCAAUAUUUGGCGUUAAUUAACUUUACAAGCUAGCUGUGCUGUAAACUUUUAAGAUUAUAGAAUA